CAGCUAAGUUGAUACCUACCUAACACUUUCUUGCUAAAUAAAAACAUUGUAAAACACUGAUAAAUAUUUUUUUAUUUGUAAAGGUAAAAUAAACUCUUUCACCCUGUCUUCCCAACAUUCCUCUUUCAAAGCCUCGGAUAAAUCCGCGAGGAUGCAAAACAUAGCUAAAAUGAUAACAGAGCAAUUACGCAAUCCAAACGAACUGGAUAUAAGUUUAAGAAUGGAGUUUGGACCAUUUGAAACAGUCCAUAAAUGGAAAAGGAUGUCUGAAUGCUAUGAAUUUGUUGGAGCCAGACGAAGUAAACAUACUGCAGUUGCUUAUAAAGAUGCAAUAUAUGUGUUUGGAGGUGAUAAUGGAAAGUCCAUGUUAAAUGAUUUAAUAAGGUUUGACAUAAAAGAAAAAUCCUGGACAAAAACUGGAUGUAUGGGAACCCCACCUGCUCCAAGAUAUCACCAUUCUGCAGUGGUGCAUCGCUCAUCUAUGUUUGUGUUUGGUGGCUACACAGGAGAUAUACUGGCCAACUCGAACCUUACAAAUAAGAAUGAUCUCUUUGAAUACAAGUUUCAAAGUGCACAGUGGGUCCAGUGGAAGUUUACAGGACAAGAGCCAGUACCAAGAUCAGCCCAUGGUGCAGCUGUGUAUGAUGAUAAACUGUGGAUAUUUGCUGGAUAUGAUGGCAACGCAAGAUUGAAUGACAUGUGGACUUGUAAUUUAGUGGGUGAGAAUCAUCAGUGGGAGCGCAUAGAGCAAAAGGGUGAAUGUCCCCCGACAUGCUGCAACUUUCCAGUCGCAGUUGCACGCAAUAAAAUGUUUGUCUUCAGUGGACAGAGUGGCGCCAAAAUCACUAAUGCGCUUUUCCAAUUUGAUUUCGAAACUCACACUUGGAGCCGCGUAUGCACGGAGCACCUACUCCGCAGCGCUGGCCCCGCCCCAGCACGUCGCUACGGGCACGUGAUGGUGCACCACGCGCGCCAUCUCUACGUGUUCGGCGGCGCAGCGGACAGCACGCUGCCCUCCGACCUGCACUGCUACGACCUGGACACGCAGAUGUGGUCGGUGGUCAACCCAGCUCCUGACUCGCAGAUCCCGUCAGGUCGGCUUUUCCACGCGGGCGCGGUGAUGGGUGACGCUCUAUACAUCUUUGGUGGUACUGUGGAUAAUAAUGUUAGAAGUGGCGACCUCUAUCGUUUCCAGCUAUCGAACUUCCCGCGCUGCACGCUGCACGACGACUUCGGGCGCAUCCUCAGGUCGCAGCAGUUCUGCGACGUGACGCUGCUGGUGGGCGGCGAGCAGACCGCAGUGUUCGCGCACCAGGCGAUGCUCGCCGCGCGCAGCCAGUACUUGCGGGCCAAGAUCAAGGAAGCGCGUGAAGAACUAGCGAAACGCAUUGCAUCCGGUGAAGAAGAAGCAGAAGAAGAAUUUUCGUACAAAUCUCGUCCGCAGCUCACAGUCAUAUUACCAGAGGCCACACCAGAGGCGUUCCGCAUGGUGCUGAAUUACAUUUACACAGAUCGGAUCGAUCCUACUGAAAAAGAUGAAGACCCCGCAUCCCCAGCGACGAUUCUGCUAGUUAUGGAGGUGCUACGGCUUGCGCUACGGUUGAGCAUACCGCGGCUACGCGGGCUGUGCGCGCGCUUUCUACGCGCCAACCUGUGCUACGGCAACGUGCUGCCCGCGCUACACGCCGCGCACCAGGCGGGCUUGCAUUGUAUCAAGGAGUAUUGUUUGAGGUUCGUGGUAAAAGAGUACAACUUCACGCCGAUCGUGAUGUCGGCGGAGUUUGAGCGCAUGGAGCAGCAGCUGAUGGUGGAAGUCAUUCGACGCAGGCAGCAGCCGCCCAGCAAGAACCCGGCCACUGCGCAACAUGAUGUGGAUGAUGAGAUUAUUGGCACGACCCUAGAGCAGGACAUGUGCGUGUUCGUGUCAGGCGGCGGCGCGGAGCUGGCGGACGUGAAGUUACGUGUGGGGGGGGGAGCCCGACCCGCGCACAGGUCCAUACUGGCCGCAAGGGCUGCGUACUUCGAGGCUAUGUUCAGGUCUUUCUCGCCGCACGAUAAUAUUGUUAAUAUUCAAAUCUGCGAUACGGUGCCAUCUGAAGAGGCAUUCGACUCGCUGCUGCGAUACAUCUACUAUGGUGACACCAACAUGCCAACAGAGGACUCGCUUUAUCUCUUCCAAGCCCCUAUUUAUUAUGGAUUCACAAACAACCGCCUGCAAGUGUUCUGUAAGCACAAUCUACAGAGCAACGUGUCACCAGAGAAUGUUCUAGCAAUACUACAAGCGGCGGACAGAAUGCGUGCGGCCGAUAUCAAGGAGUAUGCGUUGAAAAUGAUCGUGCACCACUUUGAAUUGGUGGCGCACCAAGACGCAAUAAGGAACUUAGCACAGCCACUACUAGUGGAUAUCAUUUGGGCUCUAGCAGAAGAGCCUCGCCAUGAUACUCCCCUCCCCCUCCAACCUCGAUCCCUUCCCUCAUCCUCUUCUGCUGAUACCCUCGUUGAGGAUGAGUAUACCCGCCAUAGGAGUACUAAGUAAUAGGAACAUUAGGGCCAAAGGAACAUUCUAACUCCCCUUUUCCCUAAAGUGUAUUCAGAAUUGCUAUAAAUGGAUUGGUAUGGUAAGGAAUUCCGCGAUUCCUCUAGUGAUAAUAUCGUUGAGGAUAAUGAGUACAGCCGUCAUAAGAGUACCAAGUAAUAGAAAAAUUAUAGUGGUAUGAACAUCCUUUUUCCUCGUAGUGUGUUGUACUUUUCCAAGAUUGACCAAAAAGUAGAUAAUGGCUGAUAAUGGAUUGGUAUAGAAAGGAACAUCUUCUCUUUGACAGCUGACAGUCACGUAGGGGAUAAUGAGUACAGCACAGGAGUACCAAGUAGUAGGAACAACAAAGGAAAAUUAUAACUUUUUCCUUGUAACGUAUCCAGCAUUAGCCAACAUGUGGACGGUUGGUAUAGUAAAGUACUCCCUUCCUCCUCCGCUAAUACACUAGUAGAGGAUAAUGAGUACAGCCGUCAUUGUAGUAGUUAUACUAAUAUGUACGCUUUUUCCUUGUAGAAUAUCCAGGAAUGGCCAAAAUGUAGAGAAUGGCAAAAAAUGUAUUUUGGUACAUAUAGUAAUGAAAUAAAGAUAAUAUAGGAGAAAAUCCAAGAUAAUUUUAAAUGAACUUAAAUAUAUCUUUGGCUUUGGACUAUAGCUCGAAAUUAUAAACAUUUGUUUGGGGCAUAUCGGAAUUGCCUGUAUUAAUUAUUAUUUAUUGUAUAUUAUUAAAGAUUUAUAUAUUUCGACUACAGAGUAGUUUAUUAGUCAAGACAUUGAUAAAGAUAUUUAAAUUUUUAAAUAACUCAAACGUCAUCUUUGAAUACUAAUUCAGUUCAAUUUAUACUUAUGGCAAUUUUGCAUUCAUGACAUUCGCUGUGUUUAAAAAUACUUAGUUAUUCCUUUUCAAUAAUUGUUCUUGCUCAGUAUUGCAGCCAAUAAAGAUUUGGAACGAAGUUCCUUCUUGCGCGUUGCGAAAGGGGGCUAGACGAAAAAAUUGAGACCAAAAGUUGUAACGACACUUUGCUAGUUGUAAGCCGUGCGCGGCGGUGUGCACGCGUUUCUCUGUUUGUCUCUCUUCCUCAUAGAACUUCGUUCCAUCCCGGACUCCCUUGACAGUUGACACCUCUAAUUUUUUUUUUAUAAUUCAUUCCUUUGCCAUAAUAAUAUUAUGUAGAAAUAAAAUCGGUUAGUUUACAGUAUUCACAUAUCUCAUGCGCGUAUACUACCUACGUGAUAGCCUUAAGAAACGCUUUUAGUAGUUAUAAAUUGUAACAAAUAUAUUUAUAUUUAUUAUUUCUUAGGUAUAAAAAAAACAAUUCAUAUAUAAGGAAGUCAUUCCUCUUAAUUAUUUUAGAAUUUAAUAGUGAUUAUCUUUUUUAUAUGAUUAUUUCUGAUUUAAUUAUGAUUAAUAGUUGUUUUUUAUAAUACUUAUCU